AUGGGAAUUGAUAAAAUAAAGGUUUAUAAAACUUUCCAAAUUCUUUUUUAUCCUAAUUUACCUUAUAAAUUUCAAUGUAAAAUACAAGUAUUUUCAACUUUUGCAGAAGUAAGCAAAAAAUGCAAAAACUGUUCAGAAAUUUGUGAUUCUACUGCACUUAUAUGUUUGUCAUGUUCAUCUCUUUUUGAAUUACCUUCUUCUAUUCAUUUUCAUAGGAUCUUUCCAAAAUCUUUUAAAACAUUACCUCCAGAAGGCGAUUUUUUAAUUAAUACAAAGGCAUUGCAUAAAGAAUAUUUAGAAAUUCAAAAGCAAAUACAUCCUGAUAUUCACGCAAAAAAGGGAAAUAAACAGAGGGCACUUGCGGAAUCUUUAACAUCAAUACUUAACACAGCAUAUUCAACACUUGCAAAUCCAUUGUCUCGUACACAUUACUUCCUCUCUCUUCACAAUAUUUCUGUUUCAAAUGAAAAUGAAGUUUAUGAAGAUCUUGCAUUAUUUUCAACAAUCAUGGAGUUAAAUGAAAGAAUAGAAGAAGCAGAAAAACAAGAAGAUAUACAACUUAUACAGAAAACAGUAGAUGAAAGAAUACAAGAAGAAAUAAUAAAAAUUAGAUCUGGUUUUAAAAUAUUAGAUUUUCAAACUAUCAAACAUGCUGCAAUACGGCUUAAAUACUGGAUGAAUAUGAAACAUACAUUACAUGAAAAGAUCUAA